AUGGAGAAUUUAGGAGAGGAGUUUGAGAAUAAUUAUCGUAGUGAUAUAAUUCGUUAUAUCAUAAGUGAAGUACGUGAUGUUUUUGAUGAUGAGUCUAACAAGGGACGCGAAAAAGUGGAGGUGUCUGUUGAUACAAUAUUCGUUGUUAAACGUUUUGUUGAUAAAAGUAUUUUGACGGAUGAUUGUAUGAUUUGUUUAGAAGAACUUGAGAAGAAGGGAGAGGUAAUGUGCACACCUUGUUCACAUGUGUUUCAUGAAGAUUGCAUUGUUGAAUGGUUAGAGAAUGGAAAUGCUUGCCCUAUUUGUCGUCACGAUUUCUUAAACAAAGAUUUUAGUAGUUCGAUUCAUUGA